AUGAGACAGCAGGACAGAUCUUACUUCUGAUCAAUGAUUUUUUUUUUGAGUCUGGAACAUCUCGCUUCACAGUGGAACGUUCUCUGGUGCAUCAGGACCAGGUGAACAUAUCUAGACCACCUAUGAGCGAGUUUGGAGCAGAACCAAGGCUAGAGACUAGAAAAUUCUUGUGAUGCCUCAGGAGGGACAGAGUCUAGAACAUUCUCCUGUGUUUCUGGAGCAUUAGGAACAUUCUUCUGAACUGAUUUUCCAGGUCUAAAACAUUUUCUGGGUUAUUUGGAUAAAACUGUGGCUGAAGAUAAAACACUGUUUGGACCACUGAAGAUACAUCUAGAACCUUCUCCCUGCAAGCUUUGUUUUGAACACUUUGUGGAGCACUGGAGUGUUUUCUGGAGUGUCUGUGCUGAGUUUAGGACAUUCUGCAGUGAAGCAACUGGAGAAGUGAAGCAGAAUCGAGAACAUUGUCCUUUUUAGCUGAAGUGUAGAAGGUUCUCGCUCCUCCUUGGUGAAGAUGUUGCCGAUGAAGCAACCCUGGCUGUGUAAAGUUUUAGGUUGCUAUGACAGCUGUGUGCGUUGCCUUGGCGCCGUGCCGUACAUCACUCUGAGUGGCACACUGCUGUGUUACGCCGGAGUCGCGCUCUUCUGCGCUGGAGCACACGAGGCCCUUACACACACACACACACUUGUCCACACACACUUUGCCCGUGCCGAACACGACUUUGAGGUGCUCGCUGACUUUAUCAAAUAUUUUCAGUAUGUAAUUUAUGGUCUGGCGUCGUUCUUCUUCCUGUACGGGAUUUUAUUGCUUGCUGAGGGAUUUUAUACCACGAGCGCCGUCAAGCAAACCUUUGGAGAAUUCCGGAGUACGAAGUUCAGCCGCUGCCUCAGCCUCACCUUCCUCAUCGUUACUUACGUCUUGGCGGUGAUUUGGCUCGUCGUGUUUGCCUUCUCUCUGAUUCCUGUCUACUUCCUGUUCAACAUGGCUGAGACGUGUCACACUGUCCACAUCCUGUCUGAGACCACAACCAGCUUAAACCAGCACGGCUGGGUGUGUGUGGACCCUCGGCAGUUCGGUCUGCUCCCCUGGAAAGCUACACCAGGUAAAGUGUGUGGCAUGACUAUGGCCAACAUCUGCAAAGAACCUGAGUUCUACAUGACCUAUGACCUUUAUAUCACAGCCUUUGCUGGAGCUGGAGCUACACUUCUUGGCCUGAUCCUCUAUAUCAUAGCUGCCACCUAUAACUAUGCUGUUCUGAGGUUUCUUGGCAGUAAGGGGAUCCGAUGCUAGACACAGCAUCAUUAGGCAUGCUGUUGCGAGACGCAUCGUUGCCAGGCAACACAUCUCAUCUCUGAUGCGUGCUGCUGCUCUUGCUGUUGCGUUGUCACGGAGACCGUGUCCAUGGGGGAUCCGCUAAAGAGGACCAUGAAGUGCAAAACAAACAUAGUGUGAAAAACAGUGAGAUUAACCUGACUCACACUGAGUGAAGUUUAAAUAUUAAACUGUUAACCAAUCAGCACACAGCAGGGGCGGAGCCUCCUCCCCAUCAUGUCUCCAUAACACCUCUCUGCAUCUGUUUAUCAAAAAAUGUUAUACAAUUUAAUCUUUAUACAUUUACCCAUCUGUCUGUCUUCUGUCCCUCCAUUUCUGUCUUUAUCUCUCUCUCACACACACACACACACACACACGCAAAUUUCUAACACAUUUAUAACCCUGUGUGUGUGUGUGUGUGUGUGUUCUCCAAUGGUGCUACAUGAUUGUAUUAAUAUAAAUGAAUAAAUGUGUAACAGUAAUACACACUGUACAUGUUUAAUCACACUGUGUGGGUUUCUGUUAAUCUGCUACACAACUCGGAGUGUGUUACACUGUAAAAUAUCUCACAAUAAACAUGUUUAAUCCAA